GUGAGUAUCUUGACCACCUUGGAACGGAGGUUCAACCUCCAGAGCGCUGACGUUGGUGUGAUCGCCAGUAGCUUUGAGAUCGGCAACUUGGUCCUCAUCCUUUUUGUGAGCUACUUUGGUGCCCGGGGACACCGGCCACGUUUGAUAGGAUGCGGAGGAAUCAUUAUGGCUUUGGGAGCCCUACUCUCUGCCCUUCCGGAAUUCCUCACCCACCAAUAUGAGUAUGAAUCUGGAGAAAUCCGAUGGCGGGCUGAAGGGAGGGACGUCUGCGUAGUCAAUGGAUCGACUACUGACGAGGGACCAGAUCCUGAUCGUAUCUGCAGGAGCAGGACUGCUACGAACAUGAUGUAUUUGCUUCUCAUUGGAGCACAAGUCCUCCUGGGAAUUGGGGCAACUCCUGUGCAACCUUUGGGAGUCUCCUACAUUGAUGACCAUGUGAGGCGGAAGGAUUCUUCACUGUACAUAGGGAUCCUGUUUACAAUGCUGGUGUUUGGACCGGCCUGUGGAUUUAUCCUAGGAUCUCUCUGUACCAAAAUCUAUGUGGAUGCUGUCUUCAUUGACACAAGCAAGCUGGACAUCACCCCUGAUGACCCUCGGUGGAUUGGCGCAUGGUGGGCUGGCUUCUUGCUCUGUGGUGCCUUACUUUUCUUCUCGUCUCUCCCGAUGUUUGGAUUUCCACAGUCCCUGACCCGCCGGCCGGAGCACAUAGCAGAGGUAGAGGAAGCCAUGUUGCAAGAAGGGGACUAUGAAAGGCCAAAGCCAAGCAAUGGGAUUCUCCCACCGCACUCCAUGGAAGCCAACGAUGAUCCAUCUUGCUUCCAGCAGCUGAGAGUGAUCCCAAAGGUAACUAAGCACCUGUUGUCCAAUCCGGUGUUCACUUGCAUUGUUCUUGCGGCUUGCAUGGAGAUCGCAGUGGUGGCAGGUUUCGCAGCCUUUCUUGGCAAGUACCUAGAACAGCAGUUCAAUCUCACAACGUCAUCAGCGAACCAGUUACUAGGCAUGACGGCUAUUCCCUGUGCAUGUUUGGGCAUCUUCCUAGGAGGCCUCUUAGUGAAAAAGCUGAGCCUUUCUGCCCUGGGUGCCAUACAGAUGGCCAUGUUGGUCAGCCUGCUUUCCACGGCGUGCUACAUUUCUUUCCUUUUCCUGGGCUGUGAUACGGGACCCGUGGCUGGCAUUACUGUUCCCUAUGGAAACAACGGCGACAAAACCGCCGCUGAUAAUAUUGCGGUGAUGACGGCUAAAGCCGCGAUGUCAUCACCGCAAUAUUAUCACCGCGGCGACAACAGCGCGAAUCUCACCGGUUGCACCUGCCUCACCUUGGCCCCGGCCGGGGAUACCACGGUCGUUCCUGGGAAGUGCCCCAGCCCUGGAUGCCAAGAAGCCUUCCUGACAUUCCUCUGUGUGAUGUGCGUCUGCAGCAUGAUUGGAGCCAUGGCCCAAACUCCCUCCGUCAUCAUCCUCAUCAGAACUGUGAGCCCGGAGCUCAAAUCCUACGCUUUAGGAGUUCUCUUCCUUCUCCUCCGAUUGUUAGGCUUCAUCCCACCGCCCCUGAUCUUUGGAGCAGGAAUUGAUUCCACCUGCCUUUUCUGGAGCACCUUCUGUGGCGAACAAGGAGCAUGUGCCCUCUAUGACAACGUUGUCUAUAGGUACCUGUAUGUGAGCAUCGCUAUUACCCUGAAGUCACUUGCGUUCCUCCUUUACACCACAACCUGGCAGUGCCUGAGGAAAAACUAUAAGAAAUACAUCAAGAACCAUGAAGGCGGGCUCAGCACCACUGAGUUCUUUGCCUCCACGGUAACCCUGGACAACCUUGGACGAGACCCCCUUGGCCCGAAUCCCUCUCACAGGACAAAAUUUAUCUACAACCUUGAAGACCACGAGUGGUGUGAAAACAUGGAGUCUGUUUUAUAGUGGUUGGAAAGGUGGUUGGUUAACCCAAAGGUCCUUUUGGAAGGAAGAUCUUUUAUGAAACGUGUAAUAUAUCCAUACGAAGAUGUUUCGGGAAGUCUACGCAAAACCGAGUCCACCGCUCUCUCAAUAUCUUAUCAUGACGUUCCAGGAGCUUCUCCGGAGGAAGAAGACAAUUCGUCCUUGGCUCCAAAGCAGAUGAACCAAGGCAAGGGGAGAAAGUGUAAAGACCAAUCUGGAAUGAGAAAUGGGGAUACCAAGUGGAUCAUAAGUGCAUCAAAUGCCUUGACUGGAGACGUAACAGAUGGGCAAAGCUGCCAGCGUUUUGGGGACCUGGUCUUUCAUUGGAGAACAGAGCAGAUGUCUUGUCCUUGGGUGGAAAGACAAAUUCCAUGAAAGACAAUUCCCAGCCAGGGGGGUGGGGGAAGAGCAGAAGCAAGCCACAGCUGUUUCCAAAAAUAAGUGCUAUGCGAAACUGAAGCAUCGUUGGAGUAAUCUUUGCAAUACAAGCUUAAAAGACGACCACAAGGGUGCUAUGCAGUUCCUUUUCACGCUCUCCAUCUCUUAUACCACCGGAAGCCCUGCUAGAACGGCUUCACCUUUAUGGUCUCCAGCUGCAAGUCCAUAAGACCAACCUCAACAGCUCUUGAAAUGGGCAAACCAAUAGACGUGUCCGGUACAAGCCAUGAUGACGUCAAGUUGCCGAAUAAGAGCUACACCCCGAAUAGGAGUUUAGAUGCUAAAUUAAGAGUUAGAUAGGCUGCAUCCUUUGUGCACAUCCCUGUUCGGAUGCCAUCGUGACUUGUACCCAACACAUUCGGCGCAACCGCAACAUUACAGUUCUUAAGACACCAGCAUUGCUUUUCUUAAACUAUUUGGGAGUGUGUGGGGGGGUCUAGUUCCAUUUUGGUAUGGGAGUCGGGGCAUUGUGCGUGUGUGUUUGUGUGUAUGUGUGCAGUUGUGCAGGACAGAGGCCAGGAUGACUCUUGCCGAAGAGUCUGUAACUUUUUCAACUUUUAGCAGGGUUGAAGUGGCGCCUGGGUCAUCAUGGCCAAUGUUGCCAUUGAAAAUGGGGCAGAGGAGUUCUGGUUGAGCCAUCACUGCCUUUUGAACAUCUGUACAUUUUUCUAGUUUUGUGUCGGCACUGGACAAAGGAAAGAUUUCAGCAGGGUUUCCAUUUGAAUCAGAAUAUUGCUACCACAGAGAGGAAGAGAAACUAUCCACUUUAUUCCCUAAGCUGCUCAGUUUCCCCCAGUUAAGAAAUGGUUGCAAAACUUUAGACUUUCCUCCAAUGGAAGCUUCGGCGUGUUUUUGACCUUAGGGAAAAAAAUGAAUAAGUUGAUAAAUAUAUGUGCCUUUCGGGGGUGGGGCGGGGAGAAUAAGUUUGCUUUACAAGAAUCAGACGGAGAGAAAGUAGCCCAAUUUAUCACAGGAAAGAAUUGUAGGGUAUGCUUUGUAGCACUGGAGGAAAAUCUCAGAAAGAUUCCAUUAACAGAAUAACAGAGUUGGAAGGGACCUUGGAGGUCUUCUAGUCCAACCCUCUGCUAAGACAGGGGACCCUAUUUGUAAGUGGCAAAACAGAAAAUCCGGAAAGUUUGGAAUGAAAUCUUUGCUUUUCACACGCCACUCACUAAAGUCCCUAAGUGCACAGAUUGUCUCUUAAAACUUUUAUAUAGCACUUUCCUUCAGUGGCUAAGAGGCUGAAUUUGUCGGUUAGAAAGGUUGGCAGUUCAGCGGUUUGAAUCCCUAGCGCCACAUAA